GCUGAUGAUAAAGACUUGGGCUUCAAACCUGGAUUCAUGGUGUCUUUUCUGGACUUCUUAAAGACAGGCAAGAACGAGUCUGACCUGAUGCUGGAACAAGAUGAAGUUGAGCAGGACGUCCUGGAUGCCUGUCCCUCUCCGAAGGGAGGAAUCAGGCCUCUGUCCUCAUCUCCUCCUUCCAAACCCCCACCUUCUCCACAGCCACCUCCUGAAGACUUCAGCAGGGACAGGCAGAGUGAGGAGGGUACUGAGCUGGUGCUCAGUGGUUGCCCAAGUCCCUGCAAGCCUCUGGACGAGGAGCUGAAGCGGAACCUGGAGACGCUGCCGUCUUUCUCCUCAGAUGAGGAGGAUUCUGUGAGCAAAAACCAGGAUCUGCAGAAGAGCAUCUCGUCUGCUAUUUCGGCCCUCUAUGACACCCCACACUCAUUGGCUGCAGUGAUGGCCUCCGCCAUAAUCAAGACCCAGCCUACCCCUUCCCCACUGAUGCCUCAGGGGGUGUCUGUGAGCCCUCACCUACCUGCUGGGCCUCCUGUUGUCCCCACUGUAGAGAACCUAAAAGAGGAGUCGCUGGCAUAUGGUCAGCAGGAGAUACCAGGGGACAAGGAUCAGAGGGUUAGCUCCACAUGGGUAAGCAGACUAAAAACAGAGGAGAGAGAUGCACAGAAAUGGGAAGAAGAAGAGAGAGAAGAGGAGGAGAGAGGGGAAGAGUCUGGGAAUAAUGAGGAAGUAAAAAAAGAAUCUGAGAAUCUGGAGAGUCAAGGAACGGAGGUGGAGGAAAAACUGACUGAUGGUCUGGAGGCUUGUAACUCUGAAGAUCCUCCACCAGAACCUUUACUUGGCCCAGUAUCUUCAUCUCAAUCCCCUUCUGUCCGGUGUUCACCGCUCACCUACUCCUCACCCUCACCCCUCCCCUCAUCGCUGCCCAUCCAGCAGGGCGAGGACGAGGUAUGUCCAGUGUGCCUGUCCUCUGAGUCUCAGCCUCAGCCAUCCUCCUAUCACCAGGCUUCCACCUCCCCACCUCCUUCCACCUCCCCCCCGGCCAUCCAAUCAUCCCCCCUCUCCAACCUUCCCCAGUCCAUCCCCCCUCCUUCCACCACGCCCCCCCCUUCGUCCUCUGAUCAGGACCAGGACUAUGAAGCCAGCGAACGUUCUCCUUCUUCAAAGUCUGCCUCCUCACCCUCCCCAUCGUCCUCUGAGCCUCUGUCACCCCCGACUCCGGAGGAGACCCAGGCCUUGCAGCGCCUCACCUCUCUGCACCUGGCAAAGAAGCAGGCUGACGCUGCCAUUGCUGGUGAAAGUGAAGAGGAGGACAGUGGGAGUGGAGGAGAGGGAAUCUUCCGGGAGCGAGACGAAUUUGUGGUUCGAACCGAAGACAUUGGUACUCUUAAGGUAAACGCCCCACACACACAGCUUCCACAGCUGUGUGUGUGUUUCUACAGUUGAAAUCAUUUAGAUAAU